UCCACUGACAGAAAGUAAAAUUUAUAAUAUUUUUUACAGUUAGGACUGGGAAAAACGAAAAGACGGGUAAUCAAGAAAGGAGGAUAUAAUCUCAGUCCGUUAGGAAAAUAUGGCCCCAAAAUCUCGUUUACUCUCAUGUAAACGAGGAGAAAUGCAGGUAUUUCCACUUGCAUGUAAGGUUGUUACUAGGACUGUUCACUAACGUCUAUUAACCGGGUCCCUCGGAUUUCGGUUAACCGACCGUCAACAACCCUAGUUGUUACCCAUUCCCGGGGAGGCCAUUUUAUUCUAAUUUUUAACAUUUAUUUUUUAUAAAAAAAUUUUAUUCAAAAAUGACUUCAAUUAAAUUUAAUCUUUUCUUAUUCUCAACAUUGCUAUUAUUCCAUUUAAUCAACAGCGAUUGUCUUAAAAGUGGCGGAACUUGUACACCAAACAAGAAAUGCUGCCGAGGUUUUGAUUGUAAAAAUGGGAAAUGUUGUGUUAACGUAAAUGGAUAUUGUAGUGGAGAGAAUGAUACUUGUUGUGAUAAAGCGAAAAAAUGUUCGAGAGUUGGGCAUGCUUCUUUCCAAUGUCAAUGA